AUGCUGCAGUUUCGCACACAGGGAUUCAACGGCUGCGCGGUCAAAUACUCGCCUUUUUUCGACAAUCGGCUUGCGGUCGCGAGUGCCGCGAACUUUGGGCUUGUUGGAAAUGGCCGUCUGUACAUCCUGGAGUUGACGCCCAACGGGAUUGUUCCGGUGAAAUGGUUUACCACCAAAGACUCCCUCUAUGAUCUCGCUUGGUCAGAAAUCCACGAAAAUCAAGUCCUCACAGCGUCCGGCGAUGGCAGCAUCAAGCUGUUCGACACAUCGGCCAACGACUUCCCCGUACAAAACUGGAAGGAGCAUGCGCGGGAGGUCUUCAGUGUGAACUGGAACGUAGUCGCCAAAGACCGCUUCUGCUCUAGUAGUUGGGAUGGCACAGUACGCGUUUGGUCACCACAUCGCCCGCAGUCCCUCCUCACCCUACCCACACACAGCUGCACCUAUUCUGCCGCAUUCUGUCCUCAUAAUCCCGAUCUGAUCUCCUGCGUCACCUCCGACUCCUACGUUCGCCUCUUCGACUUGCGAACACCCGCCUCUGCCUCCAACCACCUCACCCUCCAGAUUCCCAUCCAUGCGGCCCCAACCCCGCCGCCAAUUCCCACCCAGCCUGGUAUUCCACCAGCUCCAAGUGCACCAGCGGAAUGUCUUACCCACGACUGGAACAAAUACCGCCCUACGGUUCUCGCCACCGCGGGCGUUGACCGUGCUAUCCGGACAUUUGAUAUCCGGGCCCCGCAGCAAGGCCCACUUGCUACUAUGCUGGGUCACGGCUAUGCGGUUCGCAAGCUGGCCUGGUCGCCGCAUCUUUCGAAUGUGCUCCUAAGUGCAAGCUAUGACAUGACUUGCCGCGUAUGGAGCGAUCGGUCAGAUGCUAGCGCGGUUGGCGAUAUGGAUCUCAUGCGCUCUGGUCCGGCAGGUCCGGUAGUCGGAGCGCAGUUGGGUGCCAUGGAUAGGCAUACGGAAUUUGUCACGGGCGUUGACUGGUGUCUCUUUGGUAACGAGGGAUGGUGCGCCAGUGUUGGCUGGGAUGAGAAUCUUUUCGUUUGGGAUGUGCGAGCCUCGAUGAAUUAA